AUGGGUUUGCCGGAAGAGGUCUCCAAGCUUGAGCUUCCGGUGCUGCCGACCUCUGACUUUUGGAACGAGACGCAAUGGAGCGUUCUGUUUUCCUUGCUCGAGGCGGCGUUGCCGUCCAUCGCGCGGCCCGCGACCCUCUCAGACAAAACGAACCAGGUCCGAGUGUCUGAGGCCGAAUAUGCGCAGGCUCUCCAGCUGGUCCAGAAUACUAUGAAGAACCCCCCGUCAGAGGAGAAGUUUCAGGAGUACCUAGCACACUGUCCCGCGAAGGAACCCAAGUUCGUCGAGAGCGUCACGAGAACCCUGGCCGCGCUGCCUAGUGCUGCCCAGAAAACGCUGGGUGGUGCAAUGGGCGCGUUGGGAACCCGCACCGGUACAUGGUUUCUCACGGGGUACUGGACCCCGGCCAACCAGCAACCGCUCUACGUUCGUGAGAGGAUGCUCAAGGCGUGGCAGACCUCCAGAGUGCCGACUAUCCGCGUCUUGUCAAAGUCACUAUGUCUGCUGGCCCAGAAGUGCGCCGUGCAGACCAGCCCCCUGUUCAGAGAAUUGACUGACUACACCGACAUGCCUGAUUUCCAGACGCACGGCGAGGGCUUCGACUUCAAUUUCAUGCAGUUCGAGUCGUCAGCCUCACCGGCCAUUGUCGAGACCGACGUCGUCAUUGUUGGCUCUGGCUGCGGAGGCGCCGUCGCUGCCAAGGUCCUGUCUGAGGCGGGCCACAAGGUGCUCGUCGUAGACAAGUCAUACUAUUUCCCGCCCUCGCAGCUGCCCAUGACUCAGGACACGGGGUGUCAGUACCUGUACGAGAACGGCGGCUUCAUCACCAGCGAUGACAACUGCCUCAACAUGGUUGCCGGCAGCUGCUGGGGAGGUGGCGGCACCGUCAACUGGAGCGUUAGCUUGCAGACUCAGGGCUUUGUGAGAAAGGAGUGGUCUGAGCAGCGCGGCCUGCCCUUCUUCACCUCGCCGCAGUUCCAAAACUCGUUGGACAAGGUAUGCGAUUUCAUGGGCGUUAGCGCCGACAAGAUCAAGCACAACCACCGCAACAAGGUGCUGCUUGACGGGUCCCGGAAGCUCGGGUGGCACGCGGCCACAGCCCCGCAGAACACCGGCGGCGCGGAGCACUACUGCGGCCAGUGCCAUCUCGGCUGUGGAUCGACGGAGAAGCAGGGUCCCACCGUCAGCUGGCUUCCGGCGGCGGCGGCUUCAGGAGCCAAGUUCAUUGAAGGAUUUGAGGUCGAGAAGGUCACUUUCGACGAGACCACAGGCUCGAAGCGUGCGACCGGUGUCGUCGGAAAGUGGAUCUCGAGGGAUUCUAACGGAAACGUGAGCACGCCGGUGGAGCAGAGGACCACGAGGCAGGUCAUCAUCAAAGCCAAGAAGGUCAUCAUGUCUGCCGGCUCUGUGUCGAGUCCUCUCGUGUUGCUGAGGAGUGGUCUCACAAACCGACACAUUGGGCGCAACCUCUACGUACACCCCUGCAAUUUUGUCGGCGGAUAUUGGAAGGAGGAUGCGAAGCCAUGGGAGGGUGGCAUCAUCACAAGCUACUGCUCCACAUUCGAAGAUCUGGACAAAGCAGGCCAUGGUGUGAAGCUCGAACCAACCUGCAUGAUCCCCUACGCGAUUCUCUCAAGCAUGCCUUGGCAGAGCGGGCUCGCCGCGAAGAUGGCCGAACUUCGCUUCCGCCACUUUGGCGCCUUCAUCUCCUUGACCCGCGACCGCGAUCCGGGCCGCGUGUACCCGGAUCCCAUCACCGGCCGGCCGCGCAUCGACUACGUAGUGUCGGACUUUGACCGCGCCAACACCCUCGAGGGUGUCAUCGCCCUCGCCAAGAUCUGCUACGUCGAAGGCGCGUCUGAGAUUCACGCCUUCUUCCCCGGUCUUGCGCCUUUCGUCAAGGAAGACCACGCCGAGCCGCCCGAGAAGUCCAUGGCCGACCUCUCAUCGUCCUCCCACGAGAACGGACUGGAACACGACGGCACGCUCGACGGCGUCAACGACCCCAAGUUCAACGCUUGGCUCGAGGAGGUCAGAAAGGUGGGCAACGCGCCGCCCGUGGCCAUCUUCUCAUCUGCGCACCAGAUGGGGACGUGCAGGAUGGCGCCGAAUGAGGACGAGGGUGUUGUAGGGCCCAAGGGACACGUCUGGGGCACAGAGAACCUGUUCGUGGCGGAUGCGAGCGUGUUCCCAAGCGCCAGCGGCGUCAACCCGAUGAUUACCAACAUGGCCAUUGCCGACUGGAUCGCGGCGGGAAUCGCAAAGGAGCUGAAGACGGAGGCUUGA